CUGCAGAUGAGAGAGUCUGGAGCAGAGACAAUUUUAACUUAGCCAUUCCUAAUUUAUCUCAAGCAUUUUCAAUUCAUCUUCACUGCUCUAUGCACACAGGAACACCAGAUUGCCAUCCCUGGGGAACAGAAUGCAACCAGGGAUCUGGAGAGCUGUCACAUUCCAAGAAAUAUUUAAAUUGUGCUGAUUUUCUUCUGGAGAACUGAGCCCAGGGAAUGAAACUCUCCAUCAAGUCAUAGCUUUGCGGGCAAUAGAUCAGAGGAUAUUGCCAGUUUUCUAAUGGAUUAUUGUUAUCGGGCAGGUUUUCUCUGAAGAUUCACCCAGAAAGCAUAACCCUGAUUUUGCCUGAGAAGGACUACUAACAGAACCUGAAACUGUAUCAACAUUUUCUGUACAGGACAGAUUAUGACAGCUUCUUUCUUAAGAAUGUUUAAAUUUAAUCAAAUGAAGCACAUUUUUGAAAUACUUGAUAAAAUGAGAUGCCUGCGAAAACGUUCCACAGUAUCAUUCUUGGGAGUUCUUGUCAUUUUCCUUCUCUUUAUGAACUUGUACAUUGAAGACAGCUAUGUUCUGGAAGGAGACAAACAACUUAUAAGGGAAACAUCCACACACCAGCUGAAUUCAGAACGUUAUGUCCAUACUUUCAAAGAUUUAUCUAAUUUCUCAGGAGCCAUCAAUGUCACCUAUCGCUACUUAGCUGCCACGCCUUUACAAAGAAAGCGGUUUCUUACAAUUGGACUUUCAUCAGUGAAACGAAAAAAAGGAAACUAUUUACUUGAGACGAUCAAGUCAAUUUUUGAGCAAUCCAGCUACGAAGAGCUGAAGGAAAUUUCAGUGGUGGUUCACCUGGCAGACUUUAAUUCAUCCUGGCGUGAUGUCAUGGUCCAGGAUAUUACACAGAAAUUUGCCCACCAUAUUAUUGCAGGAAGAUUAAUAGUUAUACAUGCUCCAGAGGAAUAUUACCCAAUCCUGGAUGGCCUUAAGAGAAAUUACAAUGAUCCAGAAGACAGAGUCAGAUUUCGUUCUAAGCAAAAUGUAGAUUAUGCUUUUCUGCUUAAUUUUUGUGCCAAUACUUCAGACUAUUAUGUAAUGCUUGAAGAUGAUGUUCGAUGUUCAAAAAAUUUCUUAACUGCCAUCAAGAAAGUCAUUACAUCCCUAGAAGGAACCUACUGGGUAACUCUGGAGUUCUCUAAGCUUGGCUACAUCGGAAAACUUUAUCAUUCUCAUGAUCUCCCACGUUUGGCACACUUUUUAUUAAUGUUUUAUCAAGAAAUGCCUUGUGAUUGGCUAUUGACUCAUUUUCGGGGUCUUUUAGCUCAGAAAAAUGUGAUCCGUUUUAAACCAUCUCUCUUUCAGCACAUGGGUUAUUAUUCAUCAUAUAAAGGGACUGAGAAUAAGCUGAAGGAUGAUGAUUUUGAAGAAGAGUCAUUUGACAUCCCUGAUAACCCUCCUGCAAAUCUCUACACCAAUAUGAAUGUUUUCGAAAAUUAUGAAGCAAGCAAGGCUUAUAGUAGUGUUGAUGAGUACUUUUGGGGGAAACCACCUUCAGUAGGAGAUGUCUUUGUGAUUAUAUUUGAGAAUCCAAUUUUAAUUAAAAAAAUUAAAGUGAGUACUGGAACAGAAGAUCGGCAAAAUGACAUUUUACAGCAUGGAGCCCUAGAUGUUGGAGAAAAUGUUGUAGAUUUCAAACAAAGUAGACACUGUGUUACUUACCUAAGACUAGGGGAAUUCAAGAAUGGAAACUUUGAAAUGUCAGAGGUGAAUCAAAAAAUUCCAUUUGACAUAAAUUGUAUAAGGAUAUAUGUUACCAAAACACAAAAAGAAUGGCUGAUUAUUAGGAGCAUUAGCAUUUGGACUUUUUAACCAAUUAAAUCGAUAUGUCCAGCUAUCGAAGCAGGCUUUCCUGUUCCUUUUUUGCUACCUUCCCUUUUGCUAUUGUUUGCUGGAGGGAAAGCAAUGGAUGGGAUAUUUUCAAGGAAAAGUCUAAUCAUUUUGGCAGUUUUGAUUCUCAUAUUGUCAACAUAAUUUUAUUCUAAUCCACUUGUAUUUAUUUUAACUCCUAAAGUUUAUGGUUAAUGCUACUUUUAUUUAUAUUUUUAAUGUGUUGAUGUUAGUUCCAAAAUUUUAAUUAAAUGUCAAAAAUACGACAUGAAAGAUUUAAAGUGAGAAAAUUUAGUUUGCUGGAUGGAGAGUCUUGAAAAACAGUUGCCAACUGUACGCACUUCCUCAAGAAUUAAAACAUUCAUUAUAUCAUCAGAUAGCUUUUAUUAAGCAUCUAUGUGAAUAUGCAGUUGGUUAGAAUGAUAAUCUUUUUUUUUUAUUGUAAACAUAGAUUUUCAUAGACUUCUGUACAUCUACAAUGAAUACCUCCUCAUAGAAGUGAUGUCUUUACAACAGAAUUUUGUGCAUAGGUGGAGUGAUGGAAAGAAAAAAAAAUGACUUAAAAUAUUUCUCCCCUGAUCAUUUAUACAAAAAGGGGCAUUGUUCAUUGUAUAGAAACACUUAACUGAGCACCUAUUGUUAAUAAAUUUUCUGUGGGAAGCA